AUGAAGAGUGAUAAAAAUUACAAAGCAGAUUAUGAGGAGGAAAAGACAAAAUGCUACUUCCCUCAGACCAUAACUCAGGAGUAUGAAGCUAUUAAGAAGUUGGAGCAGUGUAAAGAUCACACCUACAAAAAGCAUCCUGACCAAACGAAAUUUACUCAAGUGACCGACUCUCCAGUUCAGAAGCAAGCAGAGAUCAAUAGCAAACAGCUGAGUGAUAUAAAGUAUAAAUCCAAAGGUGAAGAGAUUAUUCACAAGUACCACCUCCCUCCAGAUGUGCCCCAGUUCAUACAGGCUAAAGUUAAUGCCUACAAUAUUAGUGACAACUAUUACAAAACGGGAUUGGAAGAAUUAAAAUCAAGGGGAUAUGAUCUAAAAAGUGAUGCUAUUCCUAUCCGAGCUGCCAAGGCUGCCAGGCAGGCUGCCAGUGAUGUUAACUAUAAAAAAGCCUAUGAACUUGGCAAGGGUAAACUCGUUGGCUUCAGGAGCCUCCAAGAUGAUCCCAAGCUCGUUCACUACAUGAAGGUAGCCAAGCUGCAGUCUGAGCGAGAGUACAAGAAAGAUUAUGAGAAAACCAAAACUAGGAACAACAUUCCACUGGAUAUGGUCAAUGUUGUUGGUGCCAAGAAGGCUCAAGAGAUUGCCAGCAAUGCUAAUUACAAGAACCUCCUACACCAUUAUACUUACUUACCAGAUGCAAUGAGUGUGGAGCUGACCAAAAAUAUGAUGGAGAUUCAGAGUGAUAAUGCAUACAAAGCAGAUUAUAACAACUGGAUGAAAGGGAUUGGUUGGAUCCCCAUUGGCUCACUAGAAGUAGAAAAAGCUAAAAAAGCUGGAGAUGCCUUGAAUGAAAAGAAAUAUCGUCAGCAUCCAGACACCAUUAAAUUUACAAGUGUGGUAGACUCUCCAGUAAUGGUCCAAGCCAAACAGAAUUCAAUUCAACUCAAUGAUAAACUAUACAGAUCUUCUGGAGAGGAAGUUAAACAUAAAUAUACUCUUACCCCAGAUGUCCCACAGUUUAUCCAAGCUAGAUACAAUGCAGCUAACAUCAGUGAUGCAUAUUAUAAGCAAGACUACCAUGACCUAAUAGCUAAAGGGAACAAUGUGUCGCUUGAUGCUAUUCCAAUUACUCUAGCCAAGGCUUCAAGAAACAUUGCUAGUGAUUAUAAAUAUAAAGAAGCGUAUGAAAAGGCCAAAGGCAAGCAGGUUGGUUUCAGAAACCUGCAAGAUGACCCUAAGCUUGUCCACUACAUGAAGGUAGCAAAGAUUCAGUCCGAGCGUGAGUACAAGAAAGACUAUGAGAAGACCAAGACGAACUAUCACACGCCUCCUGACAUGUACAGUAUCCAGGCUGCUAAACAGUCUCAGGAUGUAGCUUCUAACGCCCACUACAAAAAUCUCAUCCAUCACUACACUUACCUGCCGGACGCCAUGGAUGUUGAACUUGCAAAGAACAUGAUGCAAAUUCAGAGCGAUAAUGCGUAUAAACAAGACUAUAAUAGCUGGUUCAAGGGUAUUGGAUGGAGUCCUCUUGGUUCACUGGAUGUUGAAAAAGCUAAAAAGGCUGGAGAGGCGUUAAAUGAAAAGAAAUACCGUCAGCACCCCGACACCAUCAAAUUUACAAGUAUACCAGAUUCAAUACCCAUGGUUUUAGCUCAGCACAACACCAAGCAACUGAGUGAUGUAACAUAUAAAAAAGAGGGUGAAAAAGUAAAACACAAAUACACCCUGGAUCCUGAUGUUCCUCAGUUUAUUCAAGCCAGGGUCAACGCCUUCAAUCUGAGUGAUGCGAACUACAAAGCAGACUGGAAAAAAACCAUCGCCAAAGGAUAUGAUCUGAAACCAGAUGCCAUUCCCAUUAUUGCUGCUAAAGCUUCUCGAAAUAUUGCGAGUGAUUACAAGUACAAGGAAUCAUAUGAGAAAGAAAAAGGCAAACAGGUUGGAUACCGUAGCCUGCAGGACGAUCCUAAACUUGUUCACUACAUGAACGUGGCCAAAAUACAAUCAGAUCGUGAAUACAAGAAGGAUUACGAAGUGACCAAGACCAAAUAUCACACUCCUUUGGAUAUGUUCAGUGUGAUGGCUGCCAAGAAAGCCCAGGAAGCAGUUACGAACGCUGGCUAUAAACAGCUCAUUCACGAUUACACGCUCUUGCCUGAUUCUGUGAAUCUGGAGCUAUCGAGAAAUGUGAUGCAGCUUCAGAGCGAU